AUGAAUCUAUGUAUACCAAUAUCUGUUGUAAAUUCCAUUAUAAACACGUUUUAUUUUGGGGUUCGUCUUUCUCCUCUUUACCGGUCGAUAUCGCCACGGACUCUUUCCUACUUUCCGACACCCCUAACUCCAAAAUUACUCCACAUUGAAGUCUGUCCAAAGGUUUAUUCCCGUCAUCUGAUCAAUACAUCGAUUUAUCUAUCUCUACCCCUUCCCCUUGAUGACAUGAGAUAUCUAUCUCGUCUCUCUUUCUCUGUGUUUAUUUAUAUUAUUAUUGAUAUUAUUAUUAUUAUUAUACUCUCGCCUUUGUCUUCUUCUUCUUCUUUUUCUUCUUCUUCUCUCACUUUUCUUUUUCUUCUUCUUCUUUCUCGCAUCUAUUCUUCUUUUUCUUCUUCUUCUCUCCCACUUCUUCUUCUUCUUCUUUCCCGCUUUUAUUCUUCUUUUUCUUCUUCUUCUCUCGCCCUAUUCUUCUUUCCUCCUUUUCUUCUUCUUUUUCUUCUUCUUCUUUCCCCCCGUUUAUUCUUCUUCUUCUUCUCUCGCCCUAUUCUUCUUCUUCUUCUUCUUCUUCUUUCCACUUUUCUUCUUCUUCUUCUUCUUCUUCUUCUUCUUCUUCUUCUUUCAACUUUACUUCUUCUUCUCCUUCUUCUUCUUCUUCUUUUCUCCCGCUUCUUCUUCUUUCCACUUUUAUUCUUCUUUUACUUCUUCUUCUCUCCCUCUUCUUCUCCUCUUUCUUUCCCUCUUUUAUUCUUCUUUUUCUUCUUCUUCUCUCCCUCUUUUUCUUCUUCUUCUUUCCCGCUUUUAUUCUUCUUUUUCUUCUUCUCUCCCUCUUCUUCUUCUUUCCCGCUUUUAUUCUUCUUCUUCUUCUUCUUUCCCGCUUUUAUUCUUCUUUUUCUUCUCCUUCUCUCACCUCUUUCUUCUAUUGAUAUAAGGAGAUGCUACUUUCUUUCGUUUCUCAUAAUUGAUAGGAAAUUAUUUAUUUAUCUAUCUAUUGACACUUUGAAGCAGCACAUAGCAGAAGAAGAAAAUGAUGAUGAUGAUGAUGAUGAAGAAGAUGAUGAUGAUGGUGAAGAAGAAGAAGAUGAUGAUGAUGAUGAAGAAGAAGAAGAAGAUGAUGAUGAAGAAGAAGAAGAUGAUGAUGAUGAAGAAGUAGAAGAUGAUGAUGUAGAAGAAGAAGAAGAUGAAGAAGAAGAAGAAGAUGAUGAUGAAGAAGAUGAUGAUGAUGAUGAUGAAGAAGAAGAUGAAGAAGAAGAAGAAGAUGAUGAUGAUGAAGAUGAUGAUGAUGAAGAAGAAGUAGAAGAAGAAGAUGAUGAUGAUGAUAUAGAAGAAGUAGAAGAUGAUGAUGAUGAAGAAGAAGAUGAUGAUGAUCAUGAAGAAGAUGAUGAUGAUCGUGAAGAAGAUGAUGAUGAUGAUGAAAAAGAAGAAGAUGAUGAUGAUGAUGAAGAAGAAGAAGAAGAAGAAGACGAUGAAGAAGAAGAAAAAGGAGGAGGAGGAGGAGGAAAGCCGCACAUAAUCUUUUUCUUUGUUACUUUCUUCAUUUUCUUAUUUCGUUUUGAAACGUUCUUUCUUCACUCGUUUCUUCCUUCCUUAAAUUCUUUUCAUUUUCUUCUUUAUUUUUCAUUCGUUUUUUUAAAGAGAUUUCUUUCUUAUUUUAUUUAUUUAAAUGCUUUUAUUCCUUUUGAACAUAUUUUUCUUUCUUUCUUUCUUUCUUUCUUUCUUUCUUUCUUUCUUUCUUUCUUUUCUUUCAUUUUUUAUUCUUUCUUUUUUUUUAUUCUUUCUUUUUUUUUUCUUUCUUUCGUUUUUUUCUUUCUUUCUUUCAUGAAGAGAUUUCUUUUUUCUUUCUUUUUUUUUCUUUAUUUAAAUUUUUUUUUUUAUCUUUUUUUUUCUUUUUCGAAGGCUUUUAUUCUUUCUUUCUUUCUUUCAUUUUUUUUCUUUUUUCUUUUCUUUCUUUUCUUUCGCUUUUUAUUCUUUCUUUUCUUUCUUUCUUUCGUGACAUUCUUUCUUUCUUUCUUUCUUUCUUUCUUUCUUUCGUGA